AUGCCUGGUGGACUUCACCCUCCUCUGGAGGUCACACAGAGCUGGCCAGCCCCCAACUAUGUGAAUCCAGAGCUGCGAUCAGACGCUAUCCUCAUACUGGCCUAUGUCCUGGGACCACUCACUCCACCUACAAUUGCCUUGACAGUUCUGUAUCCUCUCGCGACCAAGCAGGCAUUCGACAGACACAUCUGGGAUCUGGAUGCUUUUACCGACCCACAGCGCGUGGUCAUUGCCAGAAAAUACGUCUUGGCGGCCGAGACUAUUUUUUGCGGCGCUACCGGGCUGGUCAAGGUAUCUAUCCUCCUGUUCUAUCGCCGACUGUCAUCCCGUGUGGUAUCACGGGGGUUUUUCUGGACAACUUGGGUUACGAUUGCAUUCAUCAUUGCCUACAGCGUCGCCCUGACGAUUGCUCCUAUUGUCGGCUGCCAACCGGUCGAGGCAUUUUGGGAGCAGUUUAACCCCAUCAAAAGACUACAAGGGUACGAGUUUCAUUGCUUUGAUGAAGGUGCCGACGUCCUCGCCGCCAGCAUCAUCUCGGUGACGCAGGAUCUUCUCACUGCUAUCAUGCCUACAUUUCUGUACUGGAACCUCCAAAUUCCCCUACGACAGAAACUGGCAUUGUUCGGUAUCUUUGCCAUGGGUUACGGCGUCGUUGCGCUGGGCGCACUACGUGCCUACUACAGCUGGUACACCUUUUACGACACAUACGAUAUCACAUGGGCCACGUACGACCUUUUUCUCACGUCUCUCCUAGAGCUACACAUUGGUUGCCUGUGCGCGAAUGCGCCAGCCCUCAAGGUCUUCUUCAAGCAUUUCUUCCAGGAGAAGCUCACGUCAAGAUCACCAACCAAGACACCGGUCGACUCCAAAGACCGUGCUAGUCCGAACGGCUCAUCAAAGCCAAGCAAGUCUAGCUUAUGGAGUAAGAUAAGCUCUGUACUUGAAACCGAAAACGAAAGUGGGAUGCGUAGUACAAGAGGAUACCUCGACUCUCAUGCCGGUAUGACGGUAGACUCUCACGGCGGUGUACAUGUCCAAAAAGAUAUGCAGGUUCAUCACUCGCCAGCAAGCAGCGUGCCUGAAAGCCCUGCUGAAAGACCUGUUUCAUCUAUGACCAAUGACAACAUUGUCGAUCACUACUACGAUGAUAUUGAACUUGGUCUCUACACCACACGCAAUUCCGGUACAUCGAGUGUAUACUCGCCAAGGAGCUUUGACAACAAUACCGCUCCCAGUACUAUUCCACCGCUCCCCACGUCACCAGUGUUUGCUGCUCAUGAGCCUUUGACAGCACACCCUAUUUCUCCCACCGUCGCAGAACCUCCUAAGAGCCCGGUCCUUCCUAUACCAGUAGUAGAGAAAGCGACAUUUCAGAGGGCUCCCACACCACUUCCACCACCUCUAUCAAGCCACAAUCGACCAAGCUGGCAGACUUGGGUCUUGUGUUGUAAUGCAGAAUGGCUCCGCUUUCUUCACUAUGAACUUCCCACCAGAGCGCAAAACAAGAGAGAGAGAGUACUUACGACCAGUUCAAAACAGGAAGGUGCGGGGAAAAACUCUCUGAUGACUCAUCUAGUACAAAAACCCUCUCUAAACCCUUCUCUGCCUCUGUAUCCCCCACACCAAAUUCUCCGAUACCAAUCCUACAGCAUGUCCUCAACCACUACCUCUCUCUCCCAACCAACUCUCUACACCUCCUCAACCAUAAAAUCCACCCCCACCCUCUCCACCGCCCUAACCACCCUCAUAAACUCUGCCUUCUAUCGCUCAGCAUCCUCAGACCCGAGAUGGGAUACUACUAUACCGCGCUUCGACUCGCCAGACGAGCUAUGCAAAAUGGUAGGUGAUGAGCAGAGUACGGUUGCUGUUAUAUAUUCCUCCAGCCGCAAAACCAAGUCGGAAGACGCGGAGGGGGGGCAAGAAGAGGAAGGGAAGGAGAUAGUAGCCUGUGCAGCAGCUGUUCCCUGGAAGGGUGGCUGGCACGGCGAAGGUUCCACCUGCGAGUCUGGCUGGGAGAUCAAAACAGUCUGUGUGCAUGAGAGAUUCGUUGGGCGGGGGCUUGCGAGUCGGCUGGUAGGGUUUCUGGGGGAUCAUCUGUGUAGGACGCGUGCUUGUGGGAGCGCGCAAGGUAAAGUGACGCUCUGGCUCCUCGUCGCUGACGAUCUCAACGGCGCGUAUUGGCGGCGGCGCGGCUGGACUGAAGUCAGGCGGAGGACGGAGGGGCCGGGGGUGUGGGGGUGUAAGGGGGAGUUCGACAUGGUGGUGUUGAGGAGGGAAGUAUGCGUGUACUUAGUAUAGAGUGAUGGUUACGAGAAUAGAUGCAUUAUCUGA